GCGGGUUUCAGACACUUGCGUAGAAUCGGCCCCAGGUGGGCGAGGCGUCCCGUAGGUCCGUCGGCCCUGUCAGGCCUGUGACCUAGAAUCCGCACAUCUCGGGUCUCUGGACCCCCUUUGAGUGUCGAGGAGCCGAUAGCUGCGGUCCUUGAGAAGCAGCCGGAAGUGCGGCGACGUGCGGUUGAGCCGGAGGCUGAGGGAGCGGCCCUCAGGAAACUCAGCUGUCUGAGAUAUGAUAGGAAGCACAUCAAUGAACUCUUUGGAUAAUCCCCAAACUCUUUGGAGUCAUUGGGUGCCAACUUUCUCACCCACCAGUUUUCACCGAUUUAUUAUUUUUUUAAAGGCAAAGUCAUCAAUUGACAUUUGUCUUUUAUGAGCUGUCUUAUAGAUCAACUGAAUAAUAUAAAGAAAAGAAGAGAAACCAAGGGUCUGCCUGGCAGUUGAUUUUAAAGAGAAGGCAAAGCAGGAUGUUUUCAUUUUUCUCUCACAAUAAGUAGCAAGUAGUAAAGUUCAUGUGAUUUUCUUAUUGACCUGCUUUUUUUCUGUCCUCGGUGCCUUAGGAAGAAGAUUCUUUUAUUGAUUUUAUUCCAGACCAGACUGGGCCUUAGUUGUCAGAGGUGGUACUGGUGGUGUGCCCACAGGAACAACUGUUCCAGCAGAAUGAUGAUGGUAGAUCUGAAAGUGGCUGAGUACCUGAACCCUCAGAUCAGGGCUCUGUGGGAGACCAAGGAACCUGUGACAGAGAGCUCCUCUCAGAGUGAAAAAUAUACUGCACAAACGGACAGUCUCAGUCCUGAGAGCUUUCGCCAACACUUCCGGAAUUUCCACUAUCAUGAAGCAGCUGGACCCCGUGUGGCUGUUGGCCAACUUCAGGAAUUAUGCCGUCAAUGGCUGAGGCCAGAUAUACACUCAAAAGAAGAGAUCUUGGAUCUGCUGGUACUAGAACAGUUCCUGACCAUUCUGCCCAGGGAUACUCAGACCCAGAUAAAGAAGCACCACCUACAGAGCAUUGAAGAGGUUGUGGCCUUGGUAGACCACUUGCAGAGUGAAUCUGGCCAAACGAAGAAUGGGGUUGCAGUCCAUGUGCUGGGAAAGGAGGCAGUGCUCUUGGGAGAAACAGCAGAGACCUCAGGCUUCAAACUGAAGCCAGCAGAGUCCCAGCCAGUGGGCAGGUCCCAGGAUGAAGAAUUUUGGAAUGAAUAUCAGGAUCUACAACAGCUGAGCAGGAAUACUCAUAAAGAAACUGAGCCUAUGUGUGAGAGGGCUGUGCCUACUCACCAGAUCCUAGACUUUCCUGAGCAGACAAACAUCAAAGACUGGACAGUGGCUCCUGAGCUCAUCUUACCUGAGUGCCAGAGCUUAUUGACAUUUGAAGAAGUGGCCGUGUAUUUUUCCCAGGAAGAAUGGGAAUUACUGGAUAUCAGUCAGAAGACUCUCUACAAUGAUGUAAUGCAGGAAAACUAUGAGACUGUCAUCUCUCUAGCUGUGCCUACUCACCAGAUCCUAGACUUUCCUGAGCAGACAAACAUCAAAGCCUGGACAGUGGCACCUGAGCUCAUCUUACCUGAGUGCCAGAGCUUAUUGACAUUUGAAGAGGUGGCCGUGUUUUUUUCCCAAGAAGAAUGGGAAUUACUGGAUCCGGGUCAGAAGGCCCUAUACAAUGAUGUAAUGCAGGAAAACUAUGAGACUGUCAUCUCUCUAGCCAUAUUUGUGCUCCCCAAACCUAAAGUCAUCUCCUGUCUAGAACAAGGGAAAGAGCCAUGGGUUCAAGGAUCCACAGAGAUCAUGGACAGUCCUGGAGAGCUGCCUAUAGGGUUAAAGCUCAAAAAUGACACUGAAAAUCACCAGCCUAUAUGUCCUUCUGACUUAAAAAUACAAGCUCCUGGAGACAUAAUACCAAAAAAGGCCAGAGUGAAAGUUCCCCAGAAAACAGCAGUCAAAGAAAAUCAUGGUGAUAUACACAGGGUAAAUAUACACAGGCACCAAGACUUUACAGUGAAGAAAAGAAAGAAACUUUCAACCUGGAAACAAGAGCUGCUGAAACUUAUGGAUCGUCACAAGAAAGAACGUGCAGGAGAAAAGCCUUUUAAAUGCCAGGAAUGUGGGAAAAACUUCAGAGUUAGCUCUGACCUUAUUAAGCACCAAAGAGUUCACACUGAAGAGAAACCGUAUAAAUGUCCACAGUGUGAUAAGAGGUUUAGAUGGAGUUCAGAUCUUAAUAAACACUUAACAACACACCAAGGGAUAAAACCAUAUAAAUGCUCGUGGUGUGGGAAAAGCUUCAGUCAAAAUACAAAUCUACACACACACCAAAGAAUUCACACUGGAGAGAAGCCCUUUACAUGUCAUGAAUGUGGGAAAAAAUUCAGUCAGAAUUCCCACCUUAUUAAACAUCGGAGAACCCACACAGGUGAGCAACCUUAUUCCUGUAACGUAUGCAGGAGAAACUUCAGCAGGCGGUCAAGCCUUCUUAGGCACCAGAAACUCCACCAGUGAAGGGAAGAUCAUCCAGUGUCCUCAGUCUGAACAAAUUCACCAAGAGGAGUUCGACACUAAAGUUUAUGAAAAAAUAGAAAAUUAUGAAGCAUGAUUUUUUAUCAGUGGGAUAUUGCACAAAAAGGAAUUAAGUCCGACUCCGCAUGGGAUGAAUUAAGGUUGUACUACUUACUGUGUUUACUUAUAACCUACAGGGAAUUCCAUAGCAAGAUUGGUGUUCUAGGAACAUUCUAAAAAUGGAAAAAACUGUUUUAGGAUUGUACCUGCCAAAAUAUCAAAUUCAGCUUCAGAUAGCAGAUGAAGUCAUAAAAUCAGUCUUCUGUGGUCAUAGAGGUAAAUAGUGUUGGUUUUUUAUUGAUCUGCCCAGCCACUCCUAAACACUUGUGAUAGAAACAUUUGUAGCAUGGUCUUCCAAAACAAAAAGCAAUAAUAUGCUUGUUUAAUUGCAUACCAUUGUCUUCAAGGUAGCAAGCUUAAAAAUUUCAUUAGUUUCAUGGGAUAGAAAUGAAUUCUAAUGUAAAGUUUCCUAAGAACCUAAUUGGAUUUUCUUCCUCUCUCAUCAUUGGACUUUGUGUGAGUUUUUUCUUGAACUUUUUAGAAACUUUAGCUCUUGAAUCAUAUUAGCACAAAUUUUACUUUGAUGAAAUCAUAAUUUACUUCACCACUAGGGAAACUGCCAGAUAACUAAUAAUGCACUAUCUUAUGCAUCUCAUUGGUGGUAUUUGAAAAAAAGAAAAUCAUUUCUAAUGAGAUUAUAUGUAAACUAGUGGCCUGGUGCAUGAAAUUCAUGCACAUUAAAAGGGGAUUAAUUAGAGGAAAUAUUUUAAUAUUGCUAUUUGCCCUUUCUCUGUAAUAGAAGUGUCAGAGAUGAAAGAAAAUUAGUAAAUUGUAUCUGAAAAUCCUCCUGUCAGAGUCUGGGACACACCACAGGACCCAGAGUCA